AUGGCGGCGGCGCGGGCCAUCCGCGCCGCGCUCGCGGCGGCCAGCUGCGGGGCGGCGCGGGCCCUGCACGCCGCCCUCCGCGGCCAGCUGCAGGGUGCCCUCGGGCCCUCGGGCGGCUUCGGCGGCGCGGCGGCGAAGGAGGUGCCUUCCGCGGUUGAGACGGAGCUGGAAAACAGGAAGAGGGAGUUAGACCGGAUCCAGGAUGACGCGGCCGAUGUCGGCGCGGUCGCCUUGGUCAAGCAGCGCCGCCUUCAGAACGAGAAGGGCAUGUGGCUGAGCGGCAAGAAGCGGCAGGCCUUGUCCAACUAUUUCGAUGCCCAGUACCUUGGCUUCAUGGAGAUAGGAGGCCAGACCAUCGCAGGCAUCUUUGACACGGGCUCCCAUUCCUUGGUCGUCUUCUCCGAUCUCUGCAAGACGUGCGGCCAGGCGGCCAGAUACAACCCUGCCCUCAGCGCGCACCACACCCAAGGGGAGGUCACGUACGAACUGGAGUACGGCAGCGGCACCGUGGCCACGCAGGAGGCCUUCGACAUGGUCUCGGUCGGGCCCUACGCGCCCAGAAACCAGUCCCUCUGGGAGGUCGCCGAUGCUGACAUGCAGGUGCUGGCCACGUCGGCGUUCCAGGCCAUCGUCGGCCUCGGCCCCCCGGAGGCGCCCGCCGUGUAUGCCGAAGAGGACCUGGCGCACCUGCGCGACAACAUGUCCAGCUACAUAAGAGCGGGGCUGCCGGUGCCUGUGGACCUGGUGAGCAGGGAGGCGCACACGGCAGGCGUCGCGGCGGAGAUGCGGUCGAAGGCCACGAUGCUGGAGACGUUCGAGUCGAGGAUGUUCUCGGUUUGCAUCGGCAGGCAGCCUAACUCGAACGGCUACCUGGUCUGGGACGACACCGCGCCGCUGGUGAAACCCGAGUACUUCCAGCGCUUGCAAGUGUUUGGCAACCGCUCCUGGAGCAUGACGCUGGAUGAGCCCACGCUUACGUACAACCCAGCAGCCAAAGACAGACAGCUCAACGGGGACGACAAAUACGAAGGCCGAAUGCUCGGCUGCGAGACCGGGUGCGCGGCGCUUCUUGACAGCGGCACGUCGCUCCUAGCGCUACCUGGAUCCGUGAUCAACGCGCUCGUCCAACUCACGCUCGAAGCUGAGUUUAACUGCAGCGACAUGUGGCAGCUGCCUUCGAUAAAGGUCACGCUCGGCGGCCACGAAGUCAUCCUGCCGCCCGACACCUACAUCUCGGAAGUGGCCAGCAGCCUGGAAGUGCCAGAACAUCUUCAGAGUUUCGUGCGCCUUCGACGCUUUCAGAGGCUCGCACCCGCGAAGGCCGAGGGCUCGCAGGAUUUCGGGCCCUGGAGGGGCUCGCGGGUGCACGGAUCUUGGAGGGACUCGGGAUCCCAGCGGCCAGGGGCUUCUUGCGAGCUCAUGGUGAUGGAGGCCACUGCGUCCUCCGUCCACGGCCCACUUUGGAUCCUGGGCUUGCCCUUCUUCCGGCAGUACUACACCACCUUCGAGGUCUCAGGCCGCUCCAGCAAGAGCCGAGCCGUGCACAUCGCGAAGGCUUCCGACACUUGCCAUCCAGCCCCCCCGGAUGAAAAUCCCAAGUUUCCCCCGCGGGAGCAGUUGUACAAACGCCUCGUCAACCCGAGCAAGCUCUGGGUGGCGCCAUCGACCUACAGUCAGCCCUCAGUUCUGGCUACGUCGACUUAUGAGGUGCCUGGCACCGUGCUCCCCCGAUCGCUGCCCCCGUGA